AUGUUUAGAACAACAAGAUAUUUACCAAGGAUAUUUAGAAGUAGUUUCAAACUGAAUUCAACAACAACAAAUAGCCCUAAAAAUUCUAAAGGUAUUAAAGCUUUAAUGAAAGAAUAUGGGUAUCCUGCCUUGGGAGUUUAUCUUGGAUUAUCAUUUAUAGAUUUACCAAUAUGUUAUAUAAUAGUACAUUCAGCAGGUCAGGAAAAAAUUGAAUAUUAUGAAAAUCAAGUUAAACAAUUUUUUGGUUAUGGUUUAUCAAAUGAAGAAUUAAAACAUAAACAAGAAAUUAAUAAAAUUGAAAAUGAAAUAAAUCAACAAAAUCAACCACAACCAAAAACUACAAAAGAUUCAAGUUAUUUACACAUACUAUUAAAUCAAUUUUCAUGGACUGAAUUUGCAAUUGCUUAUGGUUUACAUAAAUCUUUAAUAUUUAUAAGACUUCCAAUAACAGCUGCUAUAACACCAACAAUAGUUAAAGUAUUAAGAUCAUGGGGUUUUAAAAUUGGUCAUGAUAAAUUUUCAACAACUGCUUCAAAAGCCAAAGUAUUGGCUCAAAAUGGUAUAAAGGAUAUUACUGCAAGCUCGAAUAAAUUUGGUACUAGACCUGGAGGCAAAAAAUGGUGGUGGUUCUUUUAA